GCUGCCACCCCUAUGGGAGCCAGGUGGCUACAGGGCUGCCCUGGGAGGUGGCAUCUGCAGGACGGGGGUGAGAGGACAUCACUGGACACCUACUGGUCCCUGCUCCCAGGUGUGCCCAGCGCCACAUCUAGGCUUCUACAGGUCUGUGCCCCACGGUGUCCUCAGGUGGCCCUGCAUUCUGUUCUCAAGGGAAUAUGGCACAAGCUAGGAAAGAAGCAGGGGACAGCCGACUGGUAUCUGGACGGGAACCAGUUUCACACAUGAUCAGAGUGUCUGUAAAGACCCCACAGGACUGCCAGGAAUUUAUGCUGGCAGAAAAUUGCAGUGUCCACCAUUUUAAGAAACAGAUCUCCAAACGCCUUCACUGUGACACUGACCGAUUGGUGCUCAUCUUCACUGGAAAGAUUCUUCGAGAUCAGGACAUUCUGAAUCAGCGUGGUAUCCUAGAUGGCACUACCGUCCACUUGGUGGUGAGGACCCGUUUGAAAGAGUCGGCUAGUCCUGGAACUCUACCAGGCCUUACAGGCCAUUGCACCCAUCGUGCUGAACCAUCAGCCUCUGAGGGGGCUGGAUUGCUAGUUAGACUGGGUCGACUGGCCAGGAGUUCACCUGAUCUGGCUGACUUCUUUGGCCAGCUGGCUCAAUUCCUGAUAGCUGCGCCUGAGUCUGCAGUGCAGUUCCUGGAAGACUCUCAAGUUCAAAGUGUGGCAAAUGAGAAAGCAGCUAAUAGCAACCAUGUUCCUGAAUCCUCAAGGCCAGUACAGAAACGUGAGCCAGCUUUCAAGGCUCUGGAAACCUUGCAGAACCCAGCUCGACAAGAGCUCUCACAACCAGACAAAAAGAGGUUGGAGGCCUUGAAGGCAGUGCCAGGUGGUGACAAUGCUAUGCGUCCAGGUCCAGUCUGCUCUAAUAUCCAACAAUUAAUGCUUUCCACUCUGGCCUUAUUGGCUGCCUCCAAAGAUCACAUCUCAGGUUCAGAGUCUCAUAGAGGGGAAGCUAGUUCUCAUAAUGGUACUGAUACCACCACGGCCAUCUACUCUACCUCUGCACCUGCCAGAUCAUUGGCACAAGAGAUCAGUGCGGGAAUUGUUGGUCAAGUCAGGAGCAUGACUUCACAUAAGACCAAUUCAGCAUGCAGGACUGGUAUACCAGACUUAUACUCAGGCCUGGACCUUCCUUCUCAGGAUAGCCAACAGCCGAUAGAGAAAGGCACUUCAACCAGUCAGCUGAGACCUUCACCCUCUGUUUUGCGUAGAGCCUUGCAUGUCCUACAGCAGAAUCCAACUCUGCUACACCAGCUGGCAACUGGCAGUCCCCUGCGGCAUCGAAUGCCACUACUUCCCAUCCUUACCAAUCCACGGGCACUGCAGGCAUUGAUACAGAUAGAACAAGGUCUACAGACACUGUCCAGGGAAGUGCCUGGGCUGGGACCUGUCUUAUGGUAUCCAGCUGGACCACGUGGUGCUAGAGGUAUAUCUGAAACUAGGGGUGAGAGACAAGGUAAUAGAACAGACCCUGUGCAACCCACCUUGGCUGUUCUUCAGCUCCUUCAAGCAUUGUCUCUGGCCUGCUCCCAGCCAACCCAGUCCUCAGUAUCCUCAUCCUUCCUCAAUGAAGGUCGCUAUCAGAAAGAACUAGAGCAUCUGAAGGCCAUGGGUUUUGCUAACCAUGAUGCCAACCUGCAGGCCUUGAUGGCCACAGGUGGAGACGUCCAUGCCGCCAUUGAGAGGCUUAUGGGGAUGCCGCAUGCCUAGGUCCCUCCAGUUGGCUUCAAGACAUCUGGUGGAGAGGGAGCAACAGAAAGGGAAAGGGGAGGGGAGGGGAAUUAGCUUAUUUUGGGGAUUCCUCCUAUUCAGAUCAUGUGCACAUUUGGACAGCCCCUCUCUUACUG